AAACAUGUUAAAAAAACCCCAAAAAACAAACAAACAAACAAACAAAAUCCCUGUGACUUAAUAGCUUUGAUUUAAGCACCUGGGUAGUAUGGUGUAGAUGGUGGUCAGAGGUGUGGACCGACAUCCAUCUCAUCCUUUUACUCACUGUGGACCUGGGUGAAGUGACUUAACUUCUCUGAGCCUUAGUUUUCUCAUCCACAAACCAGGGAUAAUAAUAUACAGCCCCUAGGUUAGCAUAAGCAUUAAAUGAGAUCAUACAGGCCAAAUGCUGGCCUAAUCACUUCACUUAGGUUUCGUUAUCUUUCAUAAGUGAUAACUUUUCAGUGUAGAAAAUAAGAGAAUACAGAUAAGCACAAAGAAGAUUUCUAACCCAGUAAAGAGAGAUACUGGAAUCCUUCCUGGAGGAGGUGAUACCUGUCUGGAUGUUUAUGAAAGAGUCAGGCUGGGGAGCAGAGGGGUCCCAGGAUAGCAUGAGCACACAGUCCGGGCAUGGAGAUGAGAAGCAGCCCCAUACUGUUGGAACGUCAAGCACAGGACUUCUCUGAUGGGCCACACCCCACACAUGUGCUGGGCUGGGUGUACAGCAGUGAACCAAGAAUAGCUGGACCCUGCCCUUCCGUUCUAGUAGGAGAGAACUACUGGAGGUACACCCAGCAUGGUCGCUGUUGAUUGGUUAUAUCGGGUGAGGAGCUGGGAGCAUCCCUGGUUUCUAGCUUGGACAUGUCACCAAAUGAAUACGGAAGAUUGAGUUAUGUUUUUAACAUACUGAGCCUGAGGCCUGAGGAUAUUCAGUGGAACUUCUGAGUCUGAGAGACACAGGAGGGCUUGGUGGGAAGGGCACCUGCCAGCUUUGGCUGAAGACACACCUGGUGUUAUGCUCUGGCUCUUCCACUUUUGACCCACGUGACCUUGGCCAACUCGUUCACCCAACUGGUCCUCAAUUCCUUUGUUUCUAAAGUGAGGAGAGUGGUGUGCAUUCCAUAGGGUUGUUUUACAUAGAACAAUACGCCUAAAAAUACUUCGUGUCUGUAUUAGUCAGCUCAGGCUGCCUUAACAAGAUUCCACAGACGGGGCAGCUUAAACAACUACCAUUUAGUUGGGAUCGGGGAGGAGGGCACUUCCAGAUGAUGACCAGAUCCCGGGGGUGGUCACUGGAGGGAGGCAGAGCAGGUCACUGGAGCCAGGGGGUGCCAAGGAACUGACCUCAAGGCUAAGGAAGCAAACCAGAGCAACAGGGAGACUCUGGGCGCAGAGAUGAACUUCAGUCAACGAAUCCCGUGUCCAAAGCAAUUCACACAUCUAUAGAAUGCCACCAAGGACGCUGAGGAUUGAUGCCUUCAUUCUCGCCAGUUCUCAUUCUUCCAAAUGAAAUUUCACUCCUUGGCAGCAUUUCCAACUCCAGUGUGUGCACUUUUCCUAAUGAAUCUUUCUCUGUUUCUCUCCUACCUUCUGUCCCCUCUCCUCCCCCUCCUUUGUUGCUCUGCCCUCCAACCCCUGGCUCCCUACCACGACCCAGAUGUCUCUCCUACUGUACAACCCCACCAGGAUGAGGCGGCUUCUGUCCAAGGCCGUGGUGAUUGAUGAUGAUGACGACGAUGUAUAUCCCUAGAGGCAGAACGCACACAAUUACAUCCACCUUCUCAGCCUCUUCCUUUUCCUCUGGUUCUUUCUGGGAAAUUACUGGGUCUUUUCUGUUUACCUGCCAGAUUUUAUUCCACCUUUCCAGCAGCCUCAGGAUUACUGUGACAAAACCCUGUACCUCUUUGCAGUGGGUGUCCUCGUGCUGGGCUUACUUGUGCUGGGCAGCAGCUGUGUCCACGUGUGGUCCAGGUGGAGGGCUGCUGCUGAGGAAGACUGAGAACCAGUCCCUCCAGCACAUGCACGCACACAUGCAUACAUGCACAAGUAUGCACAGGCACACACACACAUAUACACGUGCACAA